AUGAAGGGCGCAACCUACCUCUGCGCGGCGCUCCUCCUAUUCGUCUCAGUGCAGGCAAACCGGGAGUGCACGGCUGGCGAAACUAAGCGGGAAAGCUGCAAAGUGUGCACGUGUUCCGCGACUGGAGUGUGGGUCUGUCCAGACAAGUACUGCGUACCGGGAACUACGUACAUGGACGACUGUAACGUGUGCCGGUGUGGAGACGACGGCAUAUCGGCGGCCUGUACGCUCAAGGGCUGCGGUGGAAAUUGAA